AUGUCGAGUGUUCGAGUAUUCAGAUCGCUGGCGCGUCCGGCUCGCCAGUUGCGACCCUUGGCCGCCCCCGCCCUUCAAUCCCGACGUCAUUCCUCUAAGCAUCCCAAGGGGUUUGAAGCGCCGUCAGAAUCCGACCUUUCCGAGCUGCGCGAGCGCGUGCAGGAGUUCACGAGGCGCGACAUCACCGAGGAGGUCGCCGCCAACACGGACAAGAGCAAUGCCUUCCCUAACGAGAUGUGGCAGAAGCUGGGCGAAGCUGGCUUCUUGGGCAUGACCGCCGACGAGGAUGUCGGUGGUUUGGCCAUGGGCUACCAAGCGCAUUGCGUCGUAAUGGAGGAGAUCUCAAGGGCCUCUGGCUCGAUUGGUCUCAGCUAUGCCGCGCACUCGCAGCUGUGCGUCAACCAGCUCCAGCUCAAUGGCUCCCCGGAGCAGAAGCAAAAGUACCUCCCAGGCCUGAUUGCUGGUACCAGCGUUGGUGCCCUGGCCAUGUCUGAGUCUGGCGCUGGCAGCGACGUUGUUAGCAUGAGGACAACAGCGACGGCGGUCGAUGGCGGCUACGUCCUCAACGGCUCCAAGAUGUGGAUCACCAAUGGCCCCGAUGCCGAUCUCAUCGUUGUCUAUGCCAAGACGGAGCCUGAGAAGGCUUCGAAGGGCAUGACUGCGUUCCUUGUCGAGACCAAGACUAAGGGUUUCAGCUGCGCCAGGAAGCUUGACAAGAUGGGUAUGCGCGGGAGCAACACCGGCGAGCUCAACUUCGACAACGUGUUUGUACCCAAGGAGAACAUCCUUGGCAAGCUCAACGGAGGUGUUCGCGUUCUUAUGGAGGGUCUCGACCUUGAGCGUCUCGUUCUCAGCGCCGGACCUUUGGGAAUCAUGCAAGCUGCGCUGGACGUAGCGCUGCCCUUCACCCACCAGAGGAAGCAGUUUGGCAUUCCCAUCGCCCAGAACCAGUUUAUCCAGGGCAAGCUGGCCGACAUGUACACAAAGCUGCAGGCCUCAAGGGCAUACACCUACUCCACAGCAAAGGCUGUUGACGAGAACGGAAUCAUCCGUACACAAGACUGCGCCGGUGCUAUUCUGUAUGCUGCCGAAAGAGCAACAGAAUGUACGUUGGAUAGCAUCCAGCUUCUUGGAGGCAUGGGUUACGUGGAGGAGAUGCCAGCUUCUAGGCUGUUGAGAGAUGCUAAACUGUACGAAAUUGGAGCUGGCACGUCAGAGAUUAGAAGGAUGGUUAUUGGAAGGGCGUUCAACAAGGAAUAUGCGCACCUUGCGUGA